AGAAGUGGGUGGAAGAAGAUGGAUUCGAGGAAAGAGUAAAAGGGAAAGGCCUUGUGAUCCGAGGGUGGGCACCGCAAGUACUCAUAUUGUCGCACCCAGCGGUGGGGGCAUUUUUGACACACUGUGGGUGGAAUUCGACAUUGGAAGGGGUUUGUGCGGGUGUGCCGAUGAUAACUUGGCCCAUGUUCGCAGAGCAAUUUUUUAAUGAGAAGCUGAUUGUGCAGGUUUUGGAGGCCGGAGUGAGUGUUGGGGCUCAGGCAAUUGGGCACAUGUUUGGGGAAGACAAGUGUACGGUGUUGGUGAAGAGAGAGGUAGUUAGGGAAGCCGUGGAGGAAGUAAUGGGUGAAGGAAUAGAAGGGGAAGAGAGAAAGAGAAGAGCGAGAGUGCUUGGGGAGAUGGCAAAAAAGGCAAUGGAAGAAGGGGGUUCUUCCUACUUGAAUGUGAGACUGUUGAUUCAAGAUGUCAUCAAACAAGUUAACCACAAGGAAUCAAUUGAAGAAGACAGUGAGUGUGGGUCUUAAAAGUUGAUGAGCAAA